CCGCACAUUCUCUAGUAAACAAGUGUUUAUACCCAGCACUGUUCCUCUAUUGGACCUAGAACUAGAUUAGAACUUAUACAUUGGACACACAGAAUUUGACUUAACGAGCGUGAUACUGAAUGGAUUAUUACACUCACGUUUGAACUAUUCAUUUAAGAGGGAGCUUAAAUAACUUUGUGGCAUUGUGGAUUUAAAACAUAAUCUAAAUAGUGUACACAGCAGAAUGCCCGCAGCAGGUUUUACGUUUAUCGAACAAUAUCAAAGUCUUGCUAAAAAUUUAGAACAACAUGCAUCUGAUGAGGAUAUUAACUAUGAUCAGCAGGUUCCCCAGCCGAGUUUUGAAAAAUUGAUAAAAUCAGAAAUCAAAACAGAGAGCGAGGAUAACCAAGAGUGCCCGUACAUGGACGCCAUGUUUAACUCUAGUGGGGCACAUGACAAAGUGGCACCUGACAACUUCUUGUCUACCAUCUUCAGUCCAGACGCAAGUUACAAUCAUGAACAUACUGACUUUCUGACCAACAGGGCUUCCCCCAGCUCUUGUUUCAGUUCCUCAACCCUCCUCACCCCCGUGUUGCCCAGCCCCCCUCAGUUCUUGUCCACAUCUAGAACAAAUUCCUACAAUUACAUCCAUGAAUCUGGAACAAGCGGAUGUGUGGUCACAGAAAACAGUAACGGUGAAAGUUCAAAUGACCACAGCUUAGAGUACAUUGACCUUGAUAAGCAGAAAUUUUAUGAUGUCCUUGACCCAUAUUCAAGUAGCGGAAAAUUACCGUUUUUAAUGGAGGAACCAAACCCUCUUGAAGUACCGCUAGAAGAAGCGGUUUUAAAAAUGCACAAUGACAUUCGAAAUGACUCAGAUAAACUUAACAUUCCAUUCGAUCCUUACCUGUGGAGCCGAAAUGACGUGCAAACAUUUGUCCAGUGGGUCUGUAACAAGAAUAGCCUGCACUCAGUGGCCCAGGUCUGCCAUAAACUUAGCUCGUGUGAUGGUCAGCAACUGUGCAGCCUCAAGAAAGCCGACCUGUCAAGCCUCUUUGGUCAGACGGGUGUCUUCUUAUACAACGAACUGGAGCUGUGGAAAGCUGCCAACAAUUUUUUCCCAAGCAACUACCUCCCUUGUGAUAUCCCCACCUUGGCAGGCCGCCACUGUUACCACGAGACCAGCAGCGAGCCCACCUAUGUGAAGACCAGUGUCUCUCCCGCCCCCAGCACCAGCAGUAGCCAUGACAGUACGAUCUCCACCCACUCGGAUCACAGUGAUGACGAGCCAUUUUACGCUCACCCAAGGAAAUCCCCAGUGUUUACAAGCCAUGAACAUUUCACUAAAACGAUAAAUAAGGUUCCUAGCGGUCGAGGUCAUAAGCAGACGAUACAUCUAUGGCAAUUCUUGAAAGAGCUUCUCCUGUCUAACGAGAAUCACUCAGACUGUAUCCGAUGGGUGGAUAGACCUGCUGGUAUUUUCAAGAUUGAAGAUUCCAAAAAGGUGGCCCACUUAUGGGGCAGCAGGAAGAACAGACCAGCAAUGAACUACGACAAACUAAGUCGCUCUGUAAGGCAGUACUAUAAGAAGGGAAUCAUUAAAAAAACAGAGCAGUCCAAGCGACUAGUCUACCAAUUUUGUGCUGGCUAUUUGUGAAGAAAUGAAAGCUAUCCAACAGCUGCUAUGUAAUUGUUGGUGACUGUCUUGUCCCCGGCCAGACUCUGAUCCUUGUAAUCCAGCAAGUAACCCUAGCACUGGAUGAGAGAUCCGUAAGUGUCUGUAUGGAGAGAAUGGUUGUGAGGAGAACCAGACAAGAACUUUCAAACAUAGGCCUACAUUUGUUUUGUCCCAGAGAAACGUUCAAAACAUUUUGACCAGAUUAAAAUGGGCUCUUAAAGACCAAAACAAUGAGGCGUUUAUAAGCCUAGGCAUGCUAUUAAAAGCAGAUAUUUAUUCUGUACUUAAAACAUUAUCUGGCUGGCUACCAACUUGUUAUGUUUAAAAUUCUCCGAUUUUUUUCGUGUAACUAGACGUCUAUAUAUAUUUUUUUUAAAGUGCAGCAUUACAAGUGGCUUUCUUAAAGUUGUACAUAUCCUGAUGGAGAUUAUUUUAUGUUUAUAGCUAUACUUUCUCUUUUAUAGAAUUCCUCACAGUCUUCUUUUUUUUUACAUCAAGCAAGCAAGCCAAUCCUAAGAGUUGGAUUAAUUUUAAGCUGUCCAAAAUCGUUAUUUAAAAUUGUUAAAUAUAUUUUUAAAAAUCAACUUUUUUUUAGCAGUGUAUCAUUGGUGAAACAUUUACUCUUAUAUUCAUUGAUUUUCUGCCCUAAAGGAAUUCUAUCCAAAAAUAACGUGAACUUAAAAUAUAUUAUGUAUCAUCUUCUAUUGUACAUAGAUCUAGAAACAAUAUAAAUAUGCAUUUAUUUGAUACUUGAUUCAUGCGCGAAAGCAAAAAUGUUGAUGUUUAAGAG